AUGGCUGUGCAAACCUCAGAGUUGUCGGCGACGGAAGGGACGGUGGUGGCUAAGCUCGACGGGAAGACAUCAGCCAAUCACAAAGCCGCAAAUGCCGAUGACAACGGAAAGUUCGAGACAAAAGCCACGGGACAGGGGACGGGGUUCUUGGGCGAUGCCAUGAGGUUGUUGUGA